AGGCUCACAAACUCACAAACUCACAAACCUAACAAACCGACCCGAGACCAGAAAAAAAAAGCCCUAAUCCUUAUCGGGCAACCAGUCGGACUUCGGUGAAGAAGGACCGAAGGAAGGAGACCCCGUCUGCAACUUCACCCACCUCUACUUGGUUAAAUUUCUGCUUUACCUCAGAUGCAUUAGCUAGGGAAGGGAUGAGGUGGGAAUCAAUGUUCAUUGGGCCUUUGCCAUGAACAAGAUUUGAAGGCUGAUCUUGGUGGAGAUACAAGCAACAACCUUUUCUGCAAGUCUCUCCUAGAUGAAGUGGCUUCCACAAUGCCUCCUCCAACUGAUCUAGCAAUAGUCCCAUCUCCGGCUGCAGCAAAAGAUCAAGUCCAUGAGAUGGAAAUAUCAAGUCCGACAACUGUUGUAAAACCGAACAAGAGAUUGACUUCUGUUGUGUGGAACGACUUUGAAAGGGUAAAAAAGGGUGAUGUUUGUGUGGCUGUUUGUAAACAUUGCAAAAAGAAACUCAGUGGAUCAAGUACCAGUGGUACGUCGCAUUUAAGAAAUCAUUUAAAAAGGUGUAGGAAAAGGACUAAUCAUGAUAUAACUCAGCUACUAGUAGUUAGAGAGAAGAAGAAAGAUGGAACCCUUGACCUUGGAAACUUUAAGUUUGAUCAGGAACAGAAAAAGGGUGAGACAUUUAGCCUCGAAAAUUAUAAGUUUGAUCCAGAGAGGAGUCGACUUGAUCUUGUACAAAUGAUAAUCUUACAUGGCUAUCCUUUGGCCAUGGUUGAGCACAUUGGAUUCAAAAUGUUUGUUAAGAAUCUCCAGCCAUUGUUUAACCUAAUGAAUUGCUCUACGGUUGAGGCUGAUUGUAUGGCAAUUUAUGGAAAGGAGAAGCAGAAAAUGUAUGAAGUAUUGGAUAAAUUGCAUGGUAGAAUUAGCCUCAUUGCUGAUAUGUGGGUUUCGUGUGAAAGUGGUGGAUACUUGUGCUUGACAGCACACUACAUUGAUGGGAAUUGGCAAAUGCAGAAAAGGAUUCUCAAUUUUGUAAUGGUUGAUCCCUCUCAUACUGAAGACAUACUUUCAGAAGUUCUUAUGACAUGUUUGAUGGAUUGGGAUAUUGAUCGUAAACUGAUUGCCUUGACACUGGAUGACUGUUCCACCAAUGAUAAUUUUGUUUUUAGAAUUAGGGACCGGCUCACUCAGAAUAAGUUGCUUUUGAGUAAUGGUCAAUUGUUUGAUGUUCGCUGUGCUGCACAUAUUCUCAAUCUUAUUGUUCAAGAUGCAUUGGAUGCACUACGUGAUGUGACAGAGAAAAUUCGGGAAAGUAUUAGGUAUGUUAAAAGCUCACAAGCAAGGCAAGAAAAGUUCAACGAAAUUGCUCAACAAAUUCGGGUUUAUAGUCAGAAGAGCUUAUGUAUUGAUUCUCCAAUGAGAUGGAUUUCAACAUAUCUUAUGCUUGAAGUUGCCUUGGAAUACAAGGAUGUAUUUUCUCUUUUGCGUGAACAUGACCCUGCUUACAAGCUAGCACCAUCUGAUCUAGAGUGGGGAAGGGCAAGUGCCAUUACUAACUAUUUGAAGCUUUUCUUUGAAGUUACCAAUAACUUCUCGAGCAUUAAACAUCCUACUGCAAAUCUUUAUUUUCCUGAGAUUUGUGAUGUUCACUUGCAAUUGAUUGAGUGGUGCAAAAGUGCAGAUACAUUCAUUAGUGGUAUGGCACUGAAGAUGAAAAGCAAAUUUGAUAAAUACUGGAACACUUGCAGUUUGGCUUUAGCAAUGGCAGCCAUUUUGGAUCCUCGAUUCAAGAUGAAGUUGGUGGAGUAUUACUACCCACAGAUAUAUGGUAGUGCUGCUGCAGAUCGCAUAAAGGUUGUGUCUGAUAAUAUUAAGGAGCUUUUCAAUGACUAUGCAAUAUGUUCAACAUUGACUAAUUUCGAGCAUGGUUUGGCUUGGGAAGGUCGGGCCAAUAGUGGAUACAGUGGUACUGGAUUACCUUCUGCUAGCAAUGACAGACUUAGUGGUUUUGACAAGUUCCUUCAUGAAACUUCCAAUACGCAACGUGUUAAGUCAGAUUUGGAUAAAUAUUUGGAGGAACCUGUCUUCCCUCGUAAUGUGGAUUUUAGCAUAUUGAAUUGGUGGAAAGUUCAUACACCAAGGUAUCCUAUCUUAUCCAUGAUGGCUCGUGAUGUUCUUGGGAUUCCAAUGGCGACUGUUCCGUUAGGAUCGACAUUCAAUGCUGGUGGCAGGAUACUUGAUCCUUACCGGAGUUCUCUAAGUCCCGACAUUCUGCAGGCCUUGAUAUGCACACAAGACUGGUUACGAACUGAACUAGAAGAAACGCAGCCAUCCUCGAGCCAUGCUAUUUUGUCCUUGUGCCUUGACACAACUUAGUCUGUGCAUGGCUCAUGGAUCAUUAUGUCGGUGCCUAUAUUGUAUCUGGACACUUUUUUCUUCUCAUCCUUCAUGACAUUUCUACCAUCUUUGGAGAUUAAAUGCUAUUUGGGAAAGAUAUGUUAACCUUUCUAUGCACUGUGAGAUGUACCAUUGUCGACUUAAAAUGAUUUGAGGGGGUCUUUAUCUUGCUUUAGGGAAAUUUAAUGAUCUGUGUCUGGUAUUUUAGUUGCCAUCAUUUCGUCUUUCAAUGGUCUCGAACUCCGGAUCCGGUUAGACGGGUUUCAUGGCUAGUUAUCUGGGUUCUUAAGUUCAGAGUGAAAAGAGCUUGUUAGUGGACCUCUUUCAUCUCUGAUCGAGGAUUCCACCCUGUAUUUUACUAGCCUGUGGUGCAUUUCCCUGGUUUAACCAUUUGUUUUAUUUAUUUUUGUUCAGGUGUUUCAUGUAUAUAUUAAUAGAGAACAUCAAAGUGUGUUUACAAUAUGGCUAGUAGACUAGCAGACUCAGUAACAAUACAUGGCUUAACCAUUUGUUCUUAAAUAGCAACAUGGGGUGAUUGUCACUUUGUUUA